AUGAUUACUAGAAAUUUAAAUAAAUUAAAUAAAGAGCGAAAUUUAACGAAUUUUUUAAAAAUUUCAAAAGUAUCUCUUCCACCAUUUCUACCAACAAUCACAAUCAAAUGUAAUAAAAAUAAUAAUACAAUAAAUGAUUUUUAUAAUAAAAUUAAAAAAUCUACGAUAAAAAUUAAUAAUAAUAAUAAUAAUAAUAAUAAAAAUUUAAAUUAUAAUAAAAUAAAUUAUUGUUCAAAAUCAUUUGCAAAAUCAGAAUAUACAUUUACAUCAGUAGGUAAUACACAAUUGGAUAAUAUAAUAAAGUCAGUUGAAAAUCAACCAAAUGAAGGACCAUUAUUUGUUUAUAAUCAAAUGGUAAAAGAUGGUAAGAUUAGAGUUGAUUCAUAUCAAAUUUCAACUGUUAAAUUAUUACAAAAUUUAUAUAAUCAAUUAAAACAUAAAGAUUUCUUUAAAAAUCAAGAAUUUGGUGGAAAUCAAUCAAAUAGUGGUUUAGUUUCAUUUUCAAAAUUUUUAAGUUUUUUAGGAAAUAAUAAUAAUGAAAUAAUUAGUGGUGAUGAGAAUUUAAUUAAAGGAAUUUAUUUAUAUGGUGAUGUAGGUUGUGGUAAAUCAUUUUUAAUGGAUUUAUUUUAUAAUACAAUUGAUAUUGAAAAGAAGAAGAGAAUACAUUUCCAUCAUUUCAUGUUGGAUGUUCAUAAGAGAAUUCAUAAAUGGCGUCAAACAAAGAGACCCGAUGAGGAUGACCCAAUACCGCCAUUAUCGAGGGAGUUGGUUAAGGAGAGUUGGUUGUUAUGUUUUGAUGAGUUUCAAGUGACUGAUGUAUCAGAUGCAAUGAUUUUAAAACGUUUAUUUUCACAUAUGUUUGAUUUGGGUGCAAUUUUAGUGACAACUUCAAAUCGUGCUCCAAUCGAUUUGUAUAAGAAUGGGUUAAAUCGUCAGUUGUUUAUACCGUUCAUUCAUUUCUUGGAGUCGAAAUGUUUAGUGCACAAUUUAAACUCUGGUGUGGAUUAUAGGUUGACAGGCACUCGUACGAAAAAGGUGUUUUAUUAUCCAUCGAGUAGUAGUAAAGAGGUGGCUGACUUCAAUCAACUAUUCAUACAAUUGUCAAAGGGGGAGCCAAUGGAGUCGAAGCAAUUGGUGCUUUCUACAGGUAGGAAAGUGAAUUGUCCAAGAACAGUAUUGGAUUCGAUUGCUUUAUUCGAUUUUUAUGAGCUUUGUGAUAACGCAUUGGGUGCUGAUGAUUAUAUAGAAUUAUCAAAACAAUUUCAUACUAUAUUUUUAGAGAAUAUUCCUCUAAUGAAUGAAUCUUCAAAGAAUCAAGCUCGUCGUUUCAUCAUUUUAGUCGAUGUACUCUAUGAACAUAAAGUUAAAUUAAUUUGCACUGCUGCCUCUUCACCUGCUCAAUUGUUCAUGAGUGAAGGUUCAAAUACAAACACUUCUGAUGUUUUACAAUUGGCUGAUGAUUUAAAAUUAACACCUGAACAAUUAUCAAGAUUCACUGGUGAAGAAGAAAGAUUUAUGUUUAGUAGAGCUGUAUCAAGAUUGGUUGAAAUGCAAUCUGAUGAAUAUUUAUUAAAAUCUUCUUAA